AUGCACAGUUACUAUGGAUCAGUGCCUACAUGGUCACCAGUUUUUCUGCCAUAUCCAGAUGGCAGCCAAUAUCCCAGUAACAUUCAGAAUGUUGGUUAUCCAUUUCAAUAUGGAAUGGGACCUCUGACUCCUCACAUCGCUACAAGCUCCGCAACGAGCGGAAGAGGUUGUUCAGAGAAUAGUCCCGAUUGUAGGGAAACUGCAGUGCCAUGUAUAAACUCAAUUGUUGAUGAAGAAAGUAAAGAGGAUAGACCCAAAUCACGGGAAACCGACGAUUGCACUACCGGUUCACUACAAUUAGUGCAAACGGAUGGUGAUGAUAUAAUUGAGGAGCCAAGGUCGGGGAUGGAAUUCAAUUCUUUUGAAGAUUUACAUAGUUAUUAUAAGGAUUAUGCUAAGAAAUGCGGGUUUGGGGUGAUGACACAAAGGAGUGAGAAGGGAGAUGAUCAAAGUAUCAGAUAUGUCACUCUUGGUUGUGCCCGUGGAGGGAAAGCCCGAAUUAAGAGUUUGAACGUUGCAAAGCCACGCCCGACAGGAAAGACGGAUUGUAAGACAAGGAUUAAUGCCUUAAAGGUUGAAGGAAAGAUGCGGUUAACAACAGUCCAUAAUACACAUAAUCAUGGCCUCAGUCCAAAGAAAUCUCGUUUCUUUCGUUGUAACAGAGAAGUGAGUGAGACUGUAAAAAGAGUCCUAGAUACAAAUGACUUGGCUGGGAUCCGGAUGAAUAAGAGUUUCGGAUCUCUUGUCGUUGGUGCAGGAGGUUUCGAGAACCUCCCAUUUUUAGAAAAGGAUUGUCGCAAUUAUAUAGAUAAGUGUAUGGAUGGUAUACCUCCAAAAGCUAUUAAUACUGAUCAAGAUAGAGCAAUGAAAAAUGCAAUUGCUAAGGUCUUUCCAGAAAGUCGGCAUAGAUUCUGUUUAUGGCAUAUACUGAAGAAAGUUCCCGAGAAGCUUGGGUCAUAUGCUGCCUACAAAAGUGGACUAAAAAGUCACCUAAUGAAAUGUGUGUACGACACUCAAACAAUUGAGGAGUUUGAGAAAUGUUGGGAUGGGUUACUUAACACAUAUGAUUUACAUGAGAAUGUCUGGUUGAAAAGUUUAUAUGAUGAGCGUCAGCAUUGGACAAAUUUGAAGGAGUUUGUCGACCAAUUUGACAGUGCACUGAGGAAAAAAAUUGAGAAUGAAAAUAAUGUCGAUUUCCACACAUUUAGCGUCACCAUUCCCUGUAUAUCUAGAUCUCCAAUUGAGAAGAGAUUUCAAGAGUUGUACACGAAUGCUAAAUUUAGGGAAGUCCAGCAGCAAGUAAUGGGUGUGCUCGAUAUGGAUCCGUGUCUACUUAGUGAGGAUGGUGUAAUGAAAAGAUAUCUGGUGGAAGAUGAAGUUCAUGUUGAAGAGUUCACUAAGCUUGUUACGUAUUCAGUGAACUUCAAUGUGGAAGACUGCGAUGGAAAGUGUUCAUGUGGGUUAUUCGAGAUGAGGGGGAUACUGUGUAGGCAUAUUUUAGCCAUCUUCAAAGCUAAUGGUAUAAAGUUAUUGCCAGACCGGUACAUUUUAGAUCGAUGGAGGAAGGACAUUAAGAGGAGAUACACGUUAAUCCACAGUAGCUAUGAUGCUGGGGAUCAGAGGCCAGAUGGGAAUAGAUAUUCAAGUUUGCUGAAUAUAUGUUAUCAGAUGAUAACUUAUGCAGCGGGUUCCAAUGAGCAGUUUGAAGAUGCAAAAAAGAAGUUAUAUUCAAUGAUUGACUUGUACCGUGAGAAUCAACACCCCCCAUCUAUGACUCAAACAGGUUCGAAUGCUGGUUGUACGACACUGGACACAAAUGCUGUUGGUAGUUCAAAACCCGUACUAAGUCCAAAUGUUGUGCGAGGGAAAGGAAGACCUCCAUCUCUGAGGAGAGCAUCCAGGAUGGAGAAAGAAAUGCGGAAGGUUAAAGUCAAACAGAAAAAAGCACCAGUCACAGGGAAACGUAAACAGCGAGAUGAAGGAGAUACACCACUCCCGGACACGUGUAGAAAUUUAUUUGGCCCAUCAGAAGUAGAUAUCACCAGUCCUAGUGAACUGCAGAUACAGUUUGGGUUGGAUGGAUCACAACCGGUGGGGCAUGGGUUGGAUGGAUCACAACCGGUGGAGCAUGGGUUCGAUGGAUCGCAACCUGAGAAUCAUGGAUUGGAUAGAUCACAACUGGAUUAA